GCUGAAUCAGACAAGGAAAUAGUUAAAGGAAGGGAGAGAUAACGUGCGCGUGUGCGAACUACGCCGGGGGUGGUUGGUCGGUGGUCCGAAUUCCGAAAAUCAUACAACCUUCUCUUAUAUGUAAUUAUUUGCCAUUACUAUUUAAUCAUACCGGCGUUUAGUUAACAUAAUCGCUUCGACAGUAUUUUUUUUAUUUAUCAAGUAAUUAUUAUUAUAGAAGUAUUGUUAAAAGUAUCUGUUACUCAUUGUAUAAUUUCAUAUAAAUUCAAGUAAAAACGCCGCGAAAGUAAGACUGGAGCGCACAAAAACGCACGCGGUGUCUAAAAAUGGCGAAGGCGUUUUGCGCGGUGACAGUGUCGAUUUUAUCAAACAAUGGACAGUCAACGCCGAAAUAUAAUAAACCUGUCACACUUAACAUUAACUACGAUCCUCAAGGACUCAGCAUCGAAUUUAUAUCAGAAGAUCCUAGUGAGAAAGGACCUAAGCAAUUAUUGGAAUUUCCUGUAACACAUACUACAGAAUGCUCGCGAGUUGCAACAAAAAGUUAUGUUUUUACUUUAGAUUCUGAAAGUCUUUUAAUAACAUUCUCUACUGAGUCAGAUUUUCGAAAUUUUCAUUCACAAAUUUUAAAACUUAAAAAUGGCAAAGGAAUGUCAGCUUUUAAUGAAAGAACAGAAGAUUUGUCAGCUAUGCAGUAUUUUCAAUUUUAUGGUUAUCUAUCUCAACAACAAAAUAUGAUGCAAGACUAUAUAAGAACUAGCACAUAUCGACGUGCUAUUUUAGCAAAUUCUUCAGAUUUUAAGGAUAAAAUCGUGCUAGAUGUUGGAGCUGGUUCUGGAAUUUUAUCAUUUUUUGCCGUUCAAGCAGGAGCAAAAAAAGUAUAUGCAGUAGAAGCAAGUAACAUGGCUAAUCAUGCAGAAUUGCUUGUAGCGGCGAAUAAUCUUUCGGAUCAAAUUAUCGUCAUUGCUGGUAAGAUUGAAGAAAUUGAACUGCCUGAACGUGUUGAUUGCAUCGUUAGUGAACCUAUGGGAUACAUGUUGUACAAUGAAAGGAUGCUUGAAACUUAUCUCCACGCUAAAAAAUGGCUUGUACCUGGUGGUAGAAUGUUUCCUUCUCGAGGUGAUCUUCAUAUAGCACCGUUUUCUGAUGAAACUCUGUACAUGGAACAAUUUAACAAAGCUAAUUUUUGGUAUCAAACUUGUUUCCAUGGCGUUGAUCUUUCAUCACUUCGUAACAGUGCAAUCAAAGAGUACUUCCGACAACCUAUUGUUGACACAUUUGAUAUUCGCAUUUGUAUGGCUAAAUCUGUUAGGCAUGUGGUUGACUUCCAAACUGCUGACGAGACUGAUUUACACAAAAUAGAGAUAGAUGUUGAUUUUCAUAUACUAGAAAGUGGAACAUGUCAUGGAUUAGCUUUUUGGUUUGAUGUUGCAUUUAUUGGCUCAACUCAUCAAUUCUGGCUUAGUACAGCACCAACGGAACCUCUCACACAUUGGUAUCAAGUUCGCUGUCUUUUGGAAAAUCCACUAUUUUGUAAAAGUGGUCAAUUGUUAUCUGGAAAAGUUACUCUAUUAGCUAACAAAAGACAAUCUUAUGAUGUAACGAUAGAUUUGAAAUUAGAAGGAACAAAUAUAGAAAGCAGCAGCAAUACGUUAGACUUAAAGAAUCCUUACUUUAGAUAUACGGGUGCAGCAACACAAUUACCAACAGGAUUAAAUAGUACAUCACCAAGUGAAUCAUACUGGACAACAUUAGAUGCGCAAGGUGCUCGACAGGCAGUAAACAUGGUCAAUGGGAUGUCAGUGAAUGGUUUGGGUGAAGUGUCGAUGGAUGCUACAGGCGCUGUGAAUCCCAGUAAUUUACUUGCACUAGGCGGUCAGCCAAAUAUACAUCCGGGUUCAAUUUCAAGUACUGGAAGAGGAAGAAUUGGAGGUACAGCAACAAGUACACAAGCAGCACAACUUAUUGGAGGUGGAAUUACGCCAAAUAUGUUUACAUCGCCAGCAACUCUUGGUGUUACUUUCCAGCAAUCGCUGGUUCUUGGCAAUACAUCACAUUAUCCGGUCAAUCCCAGCCUGAUGAUUGGCGAUUACGUGACUCCAGGAAAUGGAAUGACACCACAGUCAUAUCGGCAAUGAUCUUCGGCCAACUCUUAUCGCACUGAAUAUUCACGCAAAUUGAAACAACAACAAAA